CUGGGGGUGCCUAAGAGGAAGGAGAAGCCCCCACCGGACCUACGGAACCAACCCAAGUGCCAAAGCCGGUGCACACCCAGCUCCCACACGGACUCUCCGUGCCCUUCCCCGACAUGGCACCCUCCCGGCUCCCUUUACCGCUCGCAGCCCGGCGGCCUCGUCGCUCGGCGUGACGUCAUCCCGCAGCGCCUCGCCCGUUUCCAUGGGAACCCGCGGAGCGGGUGGUGGGAGCUCUGCCCGCAGCCCCCGUUCGCCGCCAUGUUCGCGGACGGGACGGCGCCCGGCGCCGACGUGGAGUCACUGUGGAGGAGCGCUCGGAGCGCGCACUGCGAGGCGAAAAGCUGCCAGACUGGGAGAAUUUCAACAGCAGAAAGUGCAGUGCAGUCUUACAGUAACCGAGAUGCCAGUGUGCAGACAGAUCACAGUCAAGAUGGUGUCCAAGACUUCCAGCAAGAAGUCCAAGUAGAUUACCCAAGCCUUCUGUCAUUCCUUCAGAGAGUGGAGGAUGUUGUUAUCAAAGAGCUAAAAAAGAACUCAAUGAGCCGUGCCUUUGAUGGCUUUGAAGUGAACUGGACAGAUCAGAAUGAAACAGUGUCCUGUCUGCACACCCUGUCCUACCCAGAGGCUCAGGGUCACAACCUGCAGGUGACCGGCGUCUCCUGGAACGCCACCGGCUCCGUUGUGGCUUGUUCCUAUGGCAGGUUGGACGAUGGGGACUGGAGCACAGAAAAGUCUUAUGUUUGUACCUGGAAUCUGGACAGAAGAGGGUUGAAUCCUCAGCACCCUGACCUGGUGGUGGAUGUUCCCAGUUCUGUCAUGUGCCUGGCUUUCCACCCCUCCCAGCCUUCACUGAUAGCUGGUGGCCUGUUCAGUGGGGAGCUGGUGGUGUGGGAUACCAGCAGAAGGGAAGACCCAGUGAUCUGGAGGACAGGGAUGACAGAUGACACUCACACUGAUCCUGUCUAUCAGGUUAAUUGGUUACCUGACAGCAAGCACAGGAACCACCCCCAGCUGCUGAGUGUGUCAACAGAUGGGAAGAUCCUGGUGUGGAGGGAGGAGCGGGAUGGUUGGCUUGGCUUGGCUGAAGGGUUUGCCAUGGUGGCUCAGCAGAUCCCUCACAGCACUCGGCUGAAGAAGUUCCCCCAGGGAGAGGCAGCUGUGGGUGUGACCUCGCUCUCCUUUUCCCACUUCGAUCCCCGCGUGUUCAUUGUGGGUGUGGAAGGUGGCUGCCCCCUCAAGUGCUCCACGGCAGCCGAGACGCCGGCUCUGCACCGCGCAGGUGGUUCCGUUCCUCUCCGGGCACCAGCAGAACUUUCCUUCUCCCCCCACGCUGGGCCCGUGUACUCUGUCAGCUGCUCACCCUUCCACAGGAACCUUUUUCUGAGCUGUGGGACUGAUGGACAAGUUCACCUGCACUCCAUGCUGCAAACACAACCCCUUGUUUCUCUCCAGUUGUCAAAGAAGUAUCUCUUCUGUGUGCGCUGGUCUCCAGUUCGACCGCUGGUCUUUGCAGCUGCAUCUGGAGAAGGAGAUGUGCACCUGUUUGACUUUGCAAAGAGCUCACAGAAACCUGCUGUGUCCAUGAAGCAGGCAGUGGGUGAAUGCCCUGUGUACUGUCUAGAAUUCAACACCAAGCAAACUCAGCUGUUGGCAGCAGGGGAUGCUGCUGGUACAGUCAGGAUCUGGCAGCUGAGUUCUGACUUCACUGAGCAGGGACCCAGGGAAAUGACCCAUCUGGAGCAGCUGGCCAGUGAGAGCAUGGACUGAGGGGAAACACAACCAGCUGCCUGAAGCUGUUAUUGCUGACUCCCAAGAGAAGUUGUCCACUCACCUCUUACACAGUGCUGGUCUGUAAAACACA